UUGGUGACCCCGGAACUUCCCAAAAACACAACCACCAGUUCAGCUACCUCAAGUUCAUCUAGCACUUCGACCACCUCAACUUCAACAACGCCAAUUCCAAGAACCCCAACGACGCCUCCUAGUCCCAGCACAACAACCACGGUCAAGCCUCCUCCGAAUUGCCGCCACUUCGAUGGACCCUCGUUCAUCGGAGGAAUCGUCCUUACCAUUGGCCUGCUAGCCAUCUCCUUCGUGGCCUACAAAUUCUACAAGACUCCAAAGACUACUUCAAACGGAAAGUGGAUUACGUCCAAGAACAAAUCGAGAAGAUCGAUAUGCUCCAAAUGCAGAAGUCUCAAUUCCUCAAUGCUGUGCACGAGGUGUCAUAUAAUUGAAAAACUCAAGCACAUCAUCAUCCCCAUCAACAAACCUUCUCUACACAGUGUACUACGCGACACACGUCGGACCAUCACCAUCAGAUUACUCGGCUAUCGGAAUAAGAAGACCCCACGACGAAAUACAUACCAAAUGUAA